AUGGAAAUAGAUAACUGAUGAUAUUUCGUCCACGAAGGUAACACCCUUGGUAACUCCAUUAAUGGACAUUAAAUCUUGUAGGAAGAAGAAGAUGCGAAAAAAAAAAAUGAAAUAAAAAAUUUUAAAAAUAAAAUUGAAAUAAACAACCAAAAAACGAAAGCUCGGAACCAGGUAGACCAGCUGUAACUGUCGGCGAAUAACCGAGCACACCCAUAAGCACCCUCUUCUUCUUCUUCGUCUUCUCUCUCUAAAACGCUUCAAUUCAGCUAUUACACAGUUAGAGAGAGAGUGUACGUGUGUUGUACCUUGUUUUUUUUAUUUUUUAUUAUUAUUAUUUUACUUCAGCUUGGCAACAAAGAUUGAAACUUUCAAUCAUUUUCUUUGCAAUUAUGAGAAAAGUCAUCAUGGGUAUGCUAUUAUUGCCCAUUGUUGUUGUCAAGGUACUAGUGGUGAGGGACAGUUGAAUGAAGCUAUAGCAGGGUGCUGAGAGAAGGAUGAGAAGAAGAUCCACAUGGUUUUUGGGUAGCACAUGAUUCUAAUCUAUUGUGGAAGCAAUGUAGAACAAGUUCGUUGUAAAUCUCGGUGGAAAAGAACUAUGGCCAGGACUUCGAGUUCUUGAGAUGUUGUAGUUUGUACCAUUUGGAUUAGGAAAUGAUUUCAUUUUGAUUCAGAAAGUGAGGAUUUUGAGAAGUGGGAAAUGGUGUGAGAUUGGUUGCUAGUGAUUGGUUUUGGUUGUUGUUGUGUAUUUUUUUUUUUUUUUGUGAUUGUGGGGUUUGGUGGAUCGAGAGCAAUGGAGUCAAGGAUGGAUCAGUAUGAGAUCAUGGAGCAGAUCGGUCGUGGAGCUUUUGGGGCUGCCAUUCUUGUUAAUCACAAGGCUGAGAAGAAGAACUUACGGGUUGCAGAUAUGUGUUGAAAAAAAUCAGGCUUGCCAGGCAGACUGAAAGAUGCAGAAGAUCUGCUCAUCAAGAGAUGGCUCUCAUUGCUCGAAUCCAGCAUCCUUACAUUGUGGAAUUCAAAGAAGCGUGGGUUGAGAAGGGUUGCUAUGUUUGCAUUGUCACUGGCUACUGUGAAGGUGGAGACAUGGCUGAAUUGAUGAAAAAAUUAAAUGGUGCUUACUUUCCUGAGGAGAAACUCUGCAAAUGGUUCACUCAAUUACUGUUGGCAGUUGAAUACCUGCAUUCAAAUUUUGUUUUACAUCGUGACCUAAAGUGUUCCAACAUCUUUCUAACCAAGGAUCAGGAUGUUCGCCUAGGGGAUUUCGGGCUUGCUAAGACACUAAAGGCAGAUGAUUUGGCUUCUUCGGUGGUAGGAACUCCUAAUUACAUGUGUCCUGAACUGCUUGCUGAUAUUCCGUAUGGAUUCAAAUCUGAUAUUUGGUCGCUAGGGUGCUGUAUAUACGAGAUGGCUGCUCAUCGCCCUGCUUUUAAAGCUUCUGAUAUGGCAGGAUUGAUAAGCAAGAUAAAUCGUUCUUCUAUUGGCCCUUUGCCUCCAUGUUAUUCCCCUUCAUUGAAAACACUAAUAAAGGGCAUGCUGAGAAAAAAUCCUGAGCAUCGGCCAACAGCAUCAGAGGUGUUAAAGCACCCUUAUUUGCAGCCUUAUGUUGAUCAAUACCGUCCAUCUUUCAGCCCUCCAAUAGCAUCUCCUGAAAAACCAAUUUCUGCUGCCAAUGAUCCUCGGAAAAAUAUGGCUGAAAGUCAAAACAGUAAUAGUUCGAGCAGUGACAGAGAUAAUUUAAUGCCAAACGAGAAAAACAUUGCAACAGCAGUGGCAAAGUGUGAAAACAAAACCACCGAGACAGAUAUAACAUCUAUUGAUGAUGAUGUCUCAGACGAAGAAAGUAGGUCUAGUAAUGCCAAUGCCAAAACAGCUGAGCAAGAGGUGAUGAAACCCUCUCAUAGUGAACACUAUUCUAAUGUUGAAUCUAAGCAGCCAAAAACAAUUAGAAAUAUAAUGAUGGCAUUGAAAGAGGGAAAAGUUAGAGAAACAACUUCUCCAAUGCGAGGCAAUCGCAUAAAGGCUGGUGGUGCAUCAAGUCACAAAAUAAAUACAGAGACAUUGUCUAAAUUGCCUAAACCAAAUUUUCUUGCUCCUAGUUUGAAGCCUAAUUUAGAGUCACCACCAACUGUUGCACCUGCAAAGGCUACCCCUGAUUCAGCAAAACGAAUACAUGGAUCUCAUCAUUUUAAGCAUCAGGUAGAUUAUCAUUUGAAAUUAUACAAGUUACCAUAUGUUUCUAAAGAUUUCCUCAUGACCAUGGAAUUUAUUUCUGUAUGCUGGCAGUUACUGACGACAGAACCCUCACCAAAAGUUAAACCAAGACAUGAUUUGACUCCACCACCUGGCCUUGUCAAACAAGUAGAAGGAGAUGGAGUUCCUGCCAAGCCAAGACAAAGGACUCCUCCAAGCUUACUUAAACGACCUUCAUUUUCCGGACGAAUGAAGGUGGCUGGACUUGAUGUUCCAAAUGCAGCUAGUGAUAUUGGGAAGGUAGGCACAAAUAAAAUAGCCCAGGAACCUGAGAUGAGCCACUGUCAGUUAACCAAUGGCAAUGUACCGCAUAUCUCUAGACAGAUUAGCAGAGAACCUCAGAAGGCUUUUGAUACAAUUUCUAGAGGAAGAAUGCAAACAGACAGCAGUAAUUCUGCCUCGUCUUCAGUUUCUAUUCAAGGAUGUGAACUUGCUGAUGAUGCAACAACUUUUAUUGACUUGAGAGAACAGAUAAAUCCUGAUCAUGAUAAUGUAACUAGCAUUGUAAGUGCGGAACCAUGUCCAAACAGCAGCUCACCUACAACAUGUGCACAUUGUAAGAUGAUUGAAAAAGUGCCUAAAGAAACCUGUGUGGUUACUACCCUGAAUUUUCAGAAUACUGUUAGUAGUAAUGAGAAAGUGGUUUCCAAUUUGACUCUUAAUCACCCUGUUGAAGAUUCUGAGGUAAGAUUCGCUUCAGAAGGUGGUCUUCUCAUAAACCAGACAACUAUAUCUACUACCUCUGGAUGUGAUAAUACCUCUGUAGAUCCCCCUGCUGAAGCCACCAAAGAAAUCAAAGAUCUUGAAGAUAUUUCCAAGGAAAUGCCUUCUAACAAGUCUAUAAAACAUCUACCUCCAAGUUCUGGAGAAAAUUCUUUGUUUGUAGAAGUCUGUCCAGUAAGCAAGCCUGAUAUAGUUAGCCAGCCAACAAUUCUAUGUAAGUCUACUGGUGAUGACAAAUUCACGGUGAGGGAGCGACUGUCAUCCGUGGCUGAGCCUGUUGCUCCGGUUACCAAUACUAAAUUAUCAAGCCAUAAAGUUUUGCAAGAGAAAGGAACUGUUCUGCAGAAUCCACCAUCAGAAAGGCCUGAUACUGGCCAUCUUCCUCCAGCCUUUGAUGAUGUUAUCCAUGUGAUACGCCACAGUAGUUACCGCGUUGGAAGUGAGCAGCCAGUAAAAGAAUCUGUGCAAAUGGGAGUUCAAAAUGUAGAUGGUAAACUCAUCAAUGUAGUGAGGGAUGAUUUAGAAAUGAGAAACAUUAGCUCACCUUUGACCCUUAAACCUUCAACUUGCUCUGAAGCUACAAGCUUGAAAUCAAAUAUUUCCGAUCAGUUGGAAAUGAAAAACGUGAACACUCCUCCUAUCCUUAAAUCCUCAAGUUUCUCUGAUCCUUCAAGCUUGAAAUCAAGCAUGUCUGAUCACCCUGGUCUUAAGGAACAAGAUGUGAGUAACCCUUUUUCUUUAGUCUCAGAAUCUGAUUCUGCCGAGAUCAGUAAAAGCAACACUUCUCUGAAUGAAGACAAACCAGCAGCAAAGGAAACAUUGGAUGUGAAAUCUUUUAGGCAAAGAGCAGAGGCACUUGAAGAGCUCUUGGAAUUGUCUGCAGAAUUGCUACAGCAAAAUAGAUUGGAGGAACUUCAAGUUGUUCUAAAGCCCUUUGGGAAAGAUAAGGUUUCCCCAAGGGAGACAGCUAUUUGGUUGGCUAAGAGUCUUAAAGGAAUGAUGUCAGAGGAAAGUGGAGCACGUUCUUCAUAAGGUAUCUUCAUUCUUACAGCUUGUAAUAAGUUCAAUUGUAUUUGAUGUUUCAAAUUUGCUUCUAAAUAGUUCAUAGCUAUUCGAGUACCCCUUGAAUUCAUAAGAGAAGAAAUUGGAUUUUCUGUUCCUUCUUUCAUU